AUGGCGAACAGAUAUGGCGGCGGUUCAUACCGCAAUGGAAACGGGUAUGGCAACUUUGGGCGGACCUCGGACGACCGGAGUGACCGGGGCGACCGAGGAGGUGACAGAUACGACCGCAUGGAUCGCGGAGACCGUGGAGAUCGCAUUUCUCGCAAUGACCGCGGCGAAGACUAUGACCCGUACGGCGACACAUACGGCGGCGACCGUUUUAGUAGUACACCGCCCACUCAGAUGAGCUUACGGAGCGCCGCUCCCCCCUCCUCCCGCAGUGCGCCUCCUCCACGACAGGCACCGCAGCGUGUCGCCGAGUCGAAUGCCGAACGCCAGAUCAACCAGGUGCUCGAGCACAUCAAGCAGGACUGGCCGGCCAUGUGCCAGAAUGACUGCGUUCCCGUGCAGCUCGCCCUCCAGCUGCUGGACACCAGCUCGGUCGGACGUGCACACGAAUAUAGGAACUUUAAAAACACGCACCAGUACUUGCAAGACUCGUUGAAGAAUAUUGUCCACGAUUACCAUCAAGGGUUCAACAGCUCCAUUGGUACCUUUCACAAGAUUCAGGGAAGCAUACAGACGUCCCAGAAGAAGGUACGAAACCUCAAAGAGUCGCUGGCUGCAUCCAAAGCCGCCCUUUGUGUUACCAACCCGGAACUUAAGAAGCUCUACAACACGUCACAAAUGUAUGAUGGGGUACUGCAGACGCUUAACGAGCUAGAGGAACUCAGGCAGGUGCCUGAUCAGCUCGAGGCGCGAAUUUCAGAGAAACGCUUCUUGACAGCGGUUGAGGUGCUGCAGACAGCUAUGCGAAAGCUUAUGAAGCCAGAGCUAGACAAUAUUGGUGCUCUGGGUGACCUGCGUAGCUAUUUAGCAAACCAGGAGACGGCUCUUAUGGAUAUUCUUAUCGAGGAGCUGCAUGAACACUUGUAUCUCAAGUCGCCAUACUGUCAGGAAAGGUGGCAGUACUUGGCCAAGACCCAAGGCCAUUCAAAUGAGACUUUCGGUGAGACGAGCACCAUGGCGCCAUUCCAUGCUGUUCUGGAUGUCAUGGACCUCGAGAAAGCUGUGCAGGAAGACCCGGCCCGAAACCCGGAAGCAGAUACCUUUUACUAUAUAUCUUUGGUGAUCGAGUCCCUAAACAAGCUAGGACGACUCGAAACCGCCAUAGACACCCUGAAGCAACGUCUCCCAGUCGAGCUUUUCGCAAUCGUUAACGAGACGGUGAAUGAGGUGGACCAGAAGCACCCAAGUUCUUUACGUGGUGGUUCCACAAGUUCGAACGGAUUACAUGUCUACGGCAGCCGCGAAACACAGCUCCGGGCAGAAGUAAUCUAUGAUCUUCUGUGGACGCUUUACGGAAAGUUUGAAGCCAUUGCAGAGGGCCAGCGCGUGCUACAUGAGUACAUCAAGGCCCUAAUCAGGAGGGAAGGUGCUGGAAACAACAGCGCCCUUCUCGGCAGCUUCAAGGAGUUAUGGAACUUGUAUCAGAACGAGAUCCGUUCUUUGCUUCACAGCUAUGUCACUACAGACGCCGACGUCUAUCAGUAUAAUCAGCCAAAAGCAGGGGCAACCGCCAAUGGGAAAGCUGGCAUGCGGCAAGAUCUAUUCAAGUUUGCCGAAACAGACACGAAAGCUGCAGAGAUUGUGACCGAAUACGAAGAACUGGAUGGAAUCAUCCGCGCAGCAGUUCCAGGCUUGUCGGACAAGACUGGUGACAAGAAAACCUCAGCUGCAGCGGGUGGUCGCGCCCAGCAGGAGAAGCGAAACAACGGCCAAGGUCCAGACAAUGGACGUCAAAAUGGCGAGAUUCACAAAUCACUGGUCGAGCCGAGCGUUUUCAACAUGAGUCUUUUGUUGCCGCCGACAUUAGUAUUCCUCCAAAGAUUGAAGGGCAUUGUUCCACCUGGCUCAGAUCUGGCAACGAGUACCCUUACCUCAUUCCUUGACAACUUCCUUGUCAACGUCUUCCAGCCACAGCUGGAUGAGACUCUGGGUAAGCUUAGCGACACCGUCUUUGGCGAGACCGACUCGUUUCAGCAAGACCCAGAUUGGAGUCUGUUGGCGCGCCGACCUGUUUUCAAGGGCACGACGUCUUUCUUUGCCAUUGUCACGGCCUUUUGUCGCAUGCUAGGAACAAUCCCACAUGAUCAAGCUCUCAGUACGCUCAUCAUUGCCCAGAUGAUGCGUUACUACGACCGCUGUUUCCGCUGGUAUAGGACAUUAGUUGCAAAGACCGAGGAGCAAGCCGGUAAUGAGGUCCAAAGACUACGAGCAUCAGCUACGAUGGCCACAGAGCCGAGCGAAAUCCUCGAGACUAUGAAGCAGCUCUGGAUGGCCGAUGGCCCCAGUCCCGAGCCGGAGCUGCUGGAGAAGGAGAUAGCAUUGCUGAUGGAGCAUGCAAAUGACAAGAAACUCGAACUCAGCGAUGUCAUCUCGGAUAGAGAUACAAUCUCUUCAAUAUGCCUACUCUACACAAGUAUGAAAUGGCUUGCUACAAAGGUUUCAGGGCUCCGCCACAUCACAAAGAAUGAGGCCGACUCGUCGAGCUCAAAUAUGCCCAAGGCGAACAAGCGGUGGUCAUUAUUAAAUGACCCGAACAAGACGACAACCGAGCAAGGUCCUGUGUAUCUGCCUAUGACGCAGGAGACAGUUCAAUCUUUCGAUGGCAUUGUAUCGUCUUAUGAAGAGCUCGCUGCCACUGCCCUCCUCACGCUUCACAUGGAAGUGCGCAGCCGUAUCGUGUACUCAUUGAGAAUAGCACUCUCCCCAGAGACUGCGCCAUACCUGCUUGACCAGGAGGUCUCGGAGCCAGAUCCACAAAUUUUAUCUCUUAACAGCGAGCUGGUCCAGUACGAUGAAACCAUCACCCGAUACCUGCGGGAGCGUGAGGUAUCGUUCAUACGAGGCGGCCUUGGGUUACUCAUCAACUCAUAUCUCGUCGGCAACGCCUCUAUGGUGUCGCCAAUCAACGCCAAGGGCUGCGGGCGUAUGAAGCUCAACAUUCUGGUUCUACAGCAAAACCUCAAAAACAUUGAGGAAGGUGUGGAUCUCGCUCGUGCCGCUGACUAUUUUGGCCUCUUUGAGGUUGGACCGGACUCGAUUCUCGAGAGGGCUAAGAAAGACGCGGCGGAUGAAAAGAAGGAGGGGAUACGGUUCACGUACGAUGAGCUCAAGGCGCUGAUCGAGCUUUGCUUCAGUGAGCAGCUGGCAAAUCCCGAGCGAGGAAUUGCUAGUGCCGCCAAGAGGCAGAUGUCCGACAAGCUACUCAAUCUCAGUGAGAUUAUGUGGCAAACUUGAGGUCUGGGGACGGCGGUAUCCGAAAACGCGAUGCAGACAGGUUUCAUACGUGCUUAUGAGAAGAUGAUGAGCUAUGAAAUCUUUCCUGCCACUAGUCUGGUGCCAAUGACUACUAGGCUCGAAUAUAUAAUGAUUACCAUUCCAUAAUCUUCGUUCCACGUAAUGCUUCAGGAGGCCGAUAAAGUAUGGCUUUGGAAGCAGAAAGUAUGGAUG